CCCCAUCAGAGAUGGAACCCGUGCCCCCUACAGUCCUUCAUUGGAAGCGCAGAGUCUUAACCACUGGACCGCCAGGGAAUUUUGCUUCUAUCAAGUCAUAUGAACUAGGGCAAGUCACCAGCUCUCAGGGCCUUGGUUUCCUCGUCUCCUGUCAACCUCCCGCGGAGAGCAGUGUGAAGAUCAAAUGCUGGGAAUAGUGAAGUUCCCAGCAUUAGACCUCUCACAUAGUAGUCCUCCCUGACUAGGAAGAUUUCUGGGUCUUUCGCCGGCCAGGGGAUUUCUCACAGCCUCCAGCCAUGCGGCUCUCUGCUCUGCUGGCCUUGGCAUCCAAGGUCACUCUGCCUCCCAAUUACCGCUAUGGGAUGAGCCGCCCAGGCUCCUUGUCAGACAAGAAGAAGAACCCUCCAGGGACUAGGCGGCGCCGGGUGGCUGUGGAACCUAUCUCUGAUGACGACUGGCAUCUGUUCUAUGGGGACAGGGUAGAGAUCCUAGAAGGCAAGGACGCUGGGAAGCAAGGCAAAGUGGUUCAAGUUAUCCGGCAGCGAAACUGGGUGGUCGUGGAGGGGCUGAAUACACAUUACCGCUAUAUUGGCAAGACCGUGGAUUACCGGGGAACCAUGAUCCCCAGCGAAGCACCGUUGCUCCACAACCAGGUCAAACUUGUGGAUCCUGUGGACAGGAAACCCACUGAGGUGGAGUGGAGAUUCACUGAGGCAGGAGAGCGGGUACGAGUCUCCACAAGAUCAGGAAGAAUUAUCCCUAAACCUGAAUUUCCCAGAGCUGAUGGCAUCGUCCCUGAAACAUGGAUUGAUGGCCCCAAAGACACAUCAGUGGAAGAUGCUCUAGCAAAAACCUAUGUGCCCAGUCUAAAGACACUGGAGGAGGAGGUAAUGGAGGCGAUGGGGAUCCAGGAGACACGGAGACAUAAGAAAGUCUAUUGGUAUUGAGUCUGGGGAGAGCUGCUUCUCCCCUCCUUGUCUUAGCCUUGAAGGUUGGGACCACCUCUUCUUCAGACUCUAAUAAAGAGCCUUGGGUCCUCUG